AUGCUUGAAUCUCUUGUAGCAGGAAUUUUAAAAAGAUUUCUUGGAUCAUAUGUAGAAAAUUUUGACCCUAAACAACUAAAUAUUGGUAUAUGGAAAGGAGAUGUUAAACUUAGAAACUUAAAACUCAAAAAAGAAGCACUUGAUAUAUUUAAACUUCCCAUAAGUAUUUUUGAAGGUUUUCUUGGAGAAUUAGUUUUACAAAUUCCAUGGUCCAAUUUGAAAAACAAGCCUGUAAAAGUUAUUAUUGAAAACGUAUUUUUACUCGCAUUUCCUAAAGAUAACCAAGAAUACAACCAAGAAAAAGAAAAUAAAAAAGCGCAAGAUCUUAAAAGAGAAAAACUAGAAAGAGCGGAACUUCUUGACCAGCGUAUAUCACGUAACAAUACUCAAAAAGACCAAUCAUUUAUAAAUAGUCUUAUUACAAAGAUUAUUGAUAAUCUUCAAAUUACAAUUAGAAAUAUCCAUAUUCGUUAUGAAGAUAAGUUAAGCGAUCCAGAGCAUCCUUUUUCUUUGGGAAUUACACUUUCAGAAUUUUCUGCUAUAUCUACAAAUGAUAAAUGGGAGCCCAUUUUUAUACAAAACAACGUAGAUUUUAUACAUAAAUUAGUUACUCUUGAUUUUUUAACUAUAUAUUGGAAUAUAGAUUCUUACUCUUUUUCUGAAAAAUCAUCUAAUGAAUUAUUAAAAUGUUUUAAAGAUCUUAUUGUUAAAAACUGUCAUACUCCAAAUCAUCAAUUAAUAUUAAAACCUGUUAGUGGGAUAGGUCAUAUUACUUUAAAUAAAAAUAAUGUGGAAGGGUUCUCUAGAACUGACAUACAGCUUAUUUUUGAAGAAUUAAGCAUUGUUUUUAACAAUCAUCAAUAUAUAAGCGCUCUCAUGAUGGUUGAUCUUUUCCACUUUUUUAUUCGUCAGCAAAAAUACCAUCGCUUUCGUCCAACAGGUGAUGCCUCUAAAUCUAUUAAAAAUAAUCCAAAACUUUGGCUACAAUUUGCUGCAAAUUCAAUUUUACAUGAAAUACACGAAAAAAACUUCAAAUGGUCAUGGAGUUAUUUCAAAAAAAGGAGAGAUCAACGCCUAAAAUAUCUUGAUCUUUUUAAAAAAAAAUUACUUGAGAAAAUUGAUGUAAUAGAAAACGAAGAACUUCAACAGCUAGAAUAUUUACUUUCAUAUGAAGACAUUCGUUUUUAUAGAUCUUUAACAAAAAAUAAACUAAGAAAAGAAAAAAUAUUAUCACUUAAAAGUAAUUCUCAACAAUCACAAGGUUGGCUAUCAUGGAUAUGGAGUGGCUCACAAAAUGCAAACGAUCAAAGUAAGGAUGAUUUAAUUAUGACAGAUGAACAACGAAAAGAGCUUUAUGAUGCAAUUGAAUGGGAUGAAAAGAAGGAAAUUGCUGAAAAGUUAAAUAAUUCUAUUGAGUUUGUCAACUUAAAAUUAUCUCUAAGCCUUAAAACAGGAAGUUUCACACUUACAGAAAAAACAAUUAUAAAACAAAAAAACAUAAUAUCAAUAUUUUUUAACGAUUUUAAUUCAAAUAUUAUCCAACGUCCUACUUCAUUUGCAUUUGAAUUUGACCUUGGAGGAUUAAAUGUUUAUGAUGGAACUACUGAAAAUAGCAUAUACCCUGAGAUAGUUAAAGUUAAUAUUAAUGAAGACAAAAUAAAUGAGUUACCUAAUCGAGUUUUUAUACAAGAAAAUCCUAAUCUAGAAAAAAAACAGCCAUUUUUUGAUAGCUCAUUGCCAUUUUUCUACUUCAAAUUCGAAAAAAACCCUCUUGAUAGUGACUCAGAUACAUCGGUGACAGCAAGACUAAAAUCUAUGGAAGUUAUAUAUAAUCCUCGUUGUCUAACUAGCGUUUCUAAUUUUUUUAAACCACCUAAAAGUCAAAUGGUAAGUAUAGAAGUUUUAAUGGAAGCAGCAAGUGCUACAGUUGAAGGAAUUAGAAAUCAGACAAGAGCAGGUUUAGAAUUUGCAUUAGAAGAACACAAAACUAUUUCAGCUAAACUUGAUCUUCAAGCUCCUUUAAUUAUCAUUCCACAAAGUUAUACAGAAAUCAGCAGUAAUUGUAUAAUAUUGGAUGCAGGUCAUAUUAGUCUUGAAAGUAACUUAGUAGAAAAAGAAAAAAUUAGAGAAAUACAAUCAAAACACAAUAAAGUGUAUAGCCAAGAGGAUUAUUCAAAUCUAAAGUCCUUAAUGUAUGAUAAAUUUUCUCUUAAAUUUGAAUCUAUUCAAUUACUAAUUGGACUAUCUGUUACUGAUGCUUUGGAAGAACUUAGAAAAAAAAAUAGCACCAAAAAUUUCAAAAUUAUUGAUAAAACAGACAUGUUUUUCCUAUUAGAGAUUUCUAUAUUACCUAAAGCUUCAAAUCUAACAAAAUUUAAAAUUUCAGGGCAUCUUCCUCUUUUACAUGCAUCUAUAUCAGAUAGAAAAUAUAAAGUUUUAACAGAAAUUAUUAAUGCAGCAAUUCCAUCCUUUGAAGAAAAUAAUAAUAGAAUAAAGGAAAAAGAAUUUCAGAAUAUACUUUCUAAUUCAUUUAAGUAUAAUAGUAAUAGAUCAAUAUCUUUUAAUUUUUCUCAUCAAAAGGAUCUAAUUAUUGAUGAUUCAGACUCUUCUGACGAUAAAGAAACAGAACAAUAUCAAGAUGCUAUAUGUAGCCAGGACUUUUCUAUUUUUCAACAAAAGAAUUUUGAAUUAAAUUUUAUGGUAAAUAAACUACAAAUAUCAUUAUACAAAGUGAAUGUCGAAAAAAAUAGCCCAGACGAUUUGCUUAUAGAUAUUGUUUUAGAACAUUUCUCUUUACUUUUUUCGGAAACAUUUUAUGAUAUGACUGCUCAAAUAAUUUUAAGAAGAUUUAUUAUUGAAGAUAAAAUAGAAACCAACUCUCCUAUUGAAUUUAGAAAUUUAAUAUCAUCGGAUAAUAUAAUAAAAGAGAAUAACGAAACUACUGAUCUUGUUCAUAUAAAAUAUACUAAAGUGAAAACCCAAUCAUCAGAAUUUACUUCAAUCUAUAAUGAUAUCGAACAAAAUAUAAAUAUAUCUUUAUCCACUAUUACAUUUGUAAUAACAAGAAAGACUAUUCUUACACUCUUUAAUUUUAUUAUUACUACUUUUGUUACUUCAAAUGAUGAGGAUACGCAAAAGAAUUCUGUUGAAAAAAACACAAUAAUCAAAAAUAACCAAGAUCAUAGAAAUUUAUCCAAUAAAAUAUAUGUAAAAGUUGAGCUCAUAGGAAUAGUUUUUGUUCUUAAUGAUGACGGGGUACGUUUAUCAACUCUUACAUUAAAUAAAGCAGACAUUAGUAUUUUUCUAACACAAAAAAUUGUACGUCUCGAUGCAAAACUUGGAAAUUUGUCAUUGUCCAAUGAUUUUUAUACUAAUUCAGAACUAGAAUCAGGUAUCAAAGAACUUAUCAGUAUUGAAGGAGAAGAACUAGCAAAUUUUCGUUAUGAAUUAUAUGACUCUUCGAACAAAACAACAUAUCCUGGUUAUGAUACUUUAAUUUACUUAAGCUCUGGAUCUAUCAAAGUUUUUUUUCUUAAAGAGCCUUUCAAAAAAAUAUUAGAAUUCAUAACAAAAUUUGCACAAAUGAAAACACUUUAUGAUUCGGCACGAAAUGCAGCUAUAAAUCAAGCUUCACAGAUUCAGGAAUCAGUAAACAAAAUACAUUUUGAUAUUUUGAUUAGAACUCCUAUCAUGAUUUUCCCUGAAUCAGGAAAAUUAAAAAAUGAAAAAAAGAAUACCAUUAUUGCUAAUCUUGGUAAAAUAUAUGCAUCAAAUACAUUUGAAAAACUAGAAGAAGAUUCAAAUGCUAUUUCUUUAAAUAAAAUUUCAGCAGGAAUUAGAGACAUUAGUUUGUAUUCAAAGUUUGAAUACGAAUAUAAUAAAAUAGAAGAAUUGGAAAUGCUUGAUGGAAUUGAUAUAGGUUUCAUUAUAGAAUAUAUUGAACAAGAACUUGAUUCUAAGAAACCAAAUACAAGAAUAAUCGGCUCUAUGACAGACUUAAAUUUCAAACUAACAGAUAGGCAAUAUUGUUCUUUAAUUAAAUUAAGUCAAGAAAUUGCUCAAGUAUUUUCGUACAAUGAUCAGAAUUUGAGCAAUUUGGAUACACAAAUAAAGAUUAAAAAUAAUCAAAAAACAUCACAAUCCAAAAUUACCGAAUUAAAUUUUUCUAAAAAAAAUGAAAAUAAAAGAAAUCAGCAUUUUGAAAAACCAUGGACUAAAUUAGAUUUUAAAUUCAAUAUCCGAGUAAUAGGUUUAGAAAUAUUUUCAAACAAUUUAUUACCUAUAGAAAGCCAUUCCAAUUUUUCUCUAGCAAAGUUUUCUUUAAAUACAACAAUUAUUAAGGCACGGAUAUUCUCUGAUUCUUCUUUAGAAUCAGAACUACAAAUAAAAUCAUUUAUUGUUGAAAAUACUAAACUCGACAAAUCUAAUAGGUUCAGAGAAGCGAUAUCUGCUAUAAAACAUGAUGGAUAUCAGUUUAUGGCCAGUCUUAUUAUAUCCGAAAAAACAGAUGCAAAUAUUAUUGCAAUACUUACUGUUGAUAGUCCUAAAUUUGUUUUUGCUUUAGAUCAUAUUUUUGAAUUAAAAGAUUUCGUUAUGAUAGGAUUAGAGACAAAUUCGUCUAUCAAACAAAACAUUGAUAAUAGUUUCAUUGAUAAAAAUUUAAACAAUAUUUCUGAAUCUAAAGGAAAAGAAGCGCAAAGUAUAAGAAAAUCAUCAAAAGAGAAUCAAAAAAUAUCAGCAAAAACAAAAAAAACAUCUUUUAAUAUAUUCUAUAGAAUAAAUAUUGUAGAUGCAAAUAUAAUUUUACUUGAAAAUUUAGAACAGUAUUCUUCAGAGGCUAUAAUAUUGACUACAACACAAAUUUUAAUAUCACAACAAACUUCUAUAACCUUAUCUAUUAAUCAAAUAGGCAUGUUUCUUUGCAGAAUGGAUAACUUUGAAGAAAAAAUAAGAAUAUUGGAUGAUUUUACAAUAGCUUUUAUUAUGGAUUCCAAAUUUCUGAAUGAAACACAAAAUCUAACAAAUAUAGCUAUCGAAGUAGAUCCUCUGAUUUUUAGAUUAUCUCUUAGAGAUAUUAUGCUAAUAUUAAAUAUUGUAACUAAAGUAUUUGAACAUUCAGGGUCAAAUAAAAUUACAGAAACAGAUGUUAAAUAUAACAAAAUUAAAAAUUACACAAUAAAAGAAUGUAAUUCUAGCAAAAAAGCAUUUUCUGUUACAAAAUCAGAGAAACUAAUAGAUAGAGACUUUUUUAAUUCAGAAAAUAGCACUAAUAUUAUUGAGGAAUCUAUUAUUAUAACUAAAGAAGAAUUAAAAGUUAACGUACAAGGCCUAAGACUCAUAUUAAUCGGAUGCCGUCAUGAUUUACCUACUAUUGAUAUGUCAGUAAAUAAAUUUAUACUAUAUGCCAACAAUUGGUCAACGGAAUUAUGCAUCAGUACUAAUUUAAAUUUAUUUAUAAAUACAUACAAUUUUUCAAACUCUCAUUGGGAACCUUUUGUCGAGCCUUGGCAAUUUGAAAUACACGUCACAAAAACUAUAUUACCAGAAAGAUUUUCUGUUAUUUUAUCAUCAAGCAAAAGACUAGAAAUAAUUGUAACACCAAACGUUAUUAUGACAAUAACAGAAAUGUUACAUUUUCUAACUCAAACACAAGAAAAUAUUCUAUCCAAAUAUCAAAUCUUUGAAACUCCUUAUAGGAUACAAAACAGAACAGGUUAUUCUAUAAACUUAUGGUCAAAUUCUUCUAAAGAUGAAAAUUCUAAAAAAAAUAUAUAUAAAUUAAAAAACGGAGACACCAUUCCAUGGAAGUUUGAAAACUGGAGACAAAUGAAAAAUGACAUUUUAGAUGAAUGUCAAAAACAUUUCAUUGGAAUUGAUCUAGAAAAUACAAAAUGGAAUCCAAUAGAAAAUAUUUCUAUUAAUUAUGAAGGCGAAGAAUUAUAUUCUCUUGAACCAAAAACAGAUAUUCUUCAUAGACUUGUGAUUAAAACUAUUCUUGGUUCUGACAACAUAAAACAUAUAACUUUAAAAUCAACUCUCUCUUUAGAAAACCAAACACAAAUACCUAUCGAGAUAAUAACCAUUGAUAACCAAGGUCAACAUUUAGAAACAUAUAAAAUUGAACCAGGUAACGAUUAUCCUAUCCCAAUAGAAUCUGCAUACUAUCAUGCAUUUAAAAUUCGACCAGAAUCUCAUUUAAAAUACUCAUGGUCUUCACAAGCAAUAACAUGGAGAGGAUUAUUGGAAUCACCAUCAUCUACAAUUUCGUGUGAAUCUUUUGAGAAAAAAGACAAUUUGUUUAAUUUUCGAAUCUAUGCUCGUUAUGAUAAAUCAAAUCCUUUAGUAAAGGUAUAUCCAUAUAUGACUAUUAAAAUAAGUCCUCCGAUUAUUAUUCAAAAUCUUCUUCCAUACGACUUAAAUUAUAAAAUUUUUGAUAAAAAUACAAAAUCUACGUGGCAAAACUUUUUAAAAAAAAAAGAAUCUAGCCCUAUACAUACAGCAGAUUUAUCUCACAUACUUCUUAUGGGAAUCCAUAUUCAAAACACAGUCUAUAAACCUAGUUCAUUUUUUGUCAUUAAUACUCCCAAUCCUGACAAAAUUAGGAGGGAAACCAAAAUAAUUGUAGAAGAUAAAGAUAAUUUAAAACUUCAUCUUUGUUUAUAUUAUUAUGAAAUCCCCGAUAGUGGAAAAGUAUUUCGUGUUACAAUUUAUUGUCCUUAUCUAAUUCUUAACAAAACUGGACUUGAUGUUCAAAUAAAAUCAAAAUUAUUUUUGCAGCAAGCAAAAAUUGCAGCAGGGCAAUUUUCUAUUGGCCCCCCUCAGAAAGCAGUCCCAUAUAUGUUCUCAUAUGGAAAUCAUGAUAGAAAAAAUAGAGCAUUGAUUAAAGUUGGGAAUUCAAACUGGAGUAGACCUCAGAGUUUUGAAGCCAUUGGAAGUGCAUCAGAAAUUAUUUUGAGUUCUACUGAACAAAAAGAAAUCCAUAUUGGUAUCGUUGUUAAAGAAGGAGAAGGAGAGUAUAAAUUAACAAAAAUUGUUAAUCUUACACCAAGAUUUAUCAUUAAAAGUGGUCUUGACGAAGAUAUCAAUGUAAGAGAACCCAAAUCAUCAAACAUAAUGACUUUAUAUUCUUUACAAAAAAUGCCAUUAUAUUUUAUGGAACAAACAUCCGAAAAACAACUAAUUUUGCGUUUUUCAGGAACAAAUGAUGAAUGGUCUUCUCCAUUUAAUAUUCAAAAUUUAGGAAGAGUUCACAUAAAAUUAUCUAAAUAUAAGAAAUCUCAGCAACUCAUUAGGAUUGAAAUAAUGUUAGAAGAGGCAACAGUAUUUAUUCAUUUGCUUCUAGAAAAAAAUAACUGGCCAUAUUCCAUUCGCAAUGAAAGUGACAUUACUUUCACUUUCUAUCAACCAAACCCUUAUCUUUCCCUCAAUAAUGAUAAGAAAACUAAGUCUUCACAUAAGGUUAAAACAUAUCUUAUUCCUGGAAAAAGUGUAAUGCCUUAUUCUUGGGAUUAUCCUGCUUCAAAAAAUAAAGAAUUAGUAUUUUCAGCAAAUGGUAAAGAAAGAAUAAUACAAUUAUCAGAGAUAGGAAACCUUAUUCCUAUGAAAAUUCCCAUAAAUAAAGGAUCAUAUAAAACUAUUGAUAUUAGUGUUAUAGCAAAUGGGCCUUCACAAACAUUAGUACUGAAAAAUUCUCAAGACGGAAAUAUUCAUAAGCUUAGAACAAAUAUUUCACAAAACAGUUCAAUAUUAACAGAUAAUACUAGCCACAAAAAGAAAUUUCAAAUAAUUAGUCCUAGCGAUAAUAUCACGUAUAAAACAGAGAUCCGGUUAGAGGGAAUUGGUAUUUCUAUAAUAAGUAAUCGCCACUUUGAAUUAUGUUAUAUCACACUUCGAGAUUUAAAUUUAAAAUAUAGUGAUUCUCCUAUAUCUCAAAACUUUGAUAUUAUUAUAAAAUGGAUUCAGAUUGAUAAUCAAUUAUACGGAGGUAUUUAUCCAAUAAUAUUGUAUCCGAGCGUAAUUCAAAAGACGGGCAAAGAAAUGGAUACACAUCCAUCAUUUCAUUCCUCACUAGUUAAAAUAAAAGAUGAUUCCUAUGGAGUUAUAUAUAUAAAAUAUGCAACUAUACUUAUUCAAGAAAUGACAUUAGAAAUAGAUGAGGAUUUCCUUUUUGCCUUAUUGGACUUUGCUAAACAUAUUGGACAAUCUGAUAUAGAUCAAGAAAAAGAAAUACUUUGUGACGAAAAUCUUGAAAUUCCAGAACCUCAAAAAAGUGCUUCAGGAACAGAAAUAUAUUUUGAAGUAUUGCAUAUUCAGCCAGCUCAAUUAAACCUUUCUUUUGUUAGAACUGAAAGAGUAAACGUAGAAGACAAAACAUCUUCAAAAAAUCCAUUUUUAUUUUUCUUAAAUGUUUUAACAAUGGCAAUUGGAAAUAUAAACGACGCGCCUAUUCGUUUAAACUCCUUAUUAAUGGAAAAUGUUUUAAUGUCACUACCAUUAUUAAUACAGCACAUGCAAAGUCAUUAUGGCCAGGAAUUUUUUCAUCAAAUUCAUAAAAUUCUUGGUUCUGCAGAUUUCCUUGGUAAUCCUGUUGGUUUGUUUAAUACUGUAAGCUCUGGAGUUAUAGACAUAUUUUAUGAACCAUAUCACGGUUUUGUAAUGAAUGAGAGUGCACAAGAACUUGGGUUUGGACUAGUUAAAGGGACAGCAAGUUUUGUAAAAAAAACAGUUUUUGGUGUUGCAGACAGUGUAUCAAAGUUUACAGGAAGCAUUUCAAAGGGCCUUUCAGUAGCAACAAUGGACAAGAAAUUCCAAAAUCGUAGAAGGAUAAUUCAAGGACGAAAUAGACCAAAACAUGCUUUAUAUGGUGUCACGGCUGGAGCAAAUUCUUUUGUUUCCAGCAUAGCAAGUGGAGUAGAAGGCCUUGCAAGAAAACCUAUAGAAGGAGCAGAAAAAGAUGGCGCUGCUGGGUUUUUUAAAGGUAUAGGAAAAGGCAUAAUUGGACUUGCUACUAAACCUGUUGUUGGAAUCUUUGAUUUAGCAAGUAACGUUACAGAAGGAAUUCGCAAUACUACAACAGUUUUCGAUACAGAAGGAAUAGACAAAGUUCGUUUAACUAGAUUUAUAGGAAAAGAUGGUGUAAUAAAGCCAUAUUCUCAAAGAGAAGGAAUAAUAAAUAUGUUAUAUUUAGUAAAUCUAAUAUAUUUAGCUUUUGGAUUAUUUUUACUAAAACAAAUUAAUAAUGGUCAAUAUUUUGAUGAAGAAUACUUAGCACACUUGAAUAUUCUUGAAGACACAAUAUUAAUGGUUACAUAUACAAGAAUAAUGAUGAUAAAGUCUCGAAAACUUAAUGUUGAAUGGGAAAUUCUACUUAGUAAUAUACAGACUAUAUCACUUAAAAAAUCAGGAAUAGUUCUAAUUCUAAGAGACGGAACUAAUGGCCCUUUUAUUCCUAUAAAUUCUACCACUAGUCAAAAAUUUAUAUUUACUAAGAUUGGUAUUGCUGUACAGGAAUAUAAUAGAAACAAUAAGCCUAUAAUUUGA